AUGGCCCGCACCAAGCAGACCGCCCGCAAGUCCACCGGUGGCAAAGCCCCCCGCAAGCAACUCGCCUCCAAGGCCGCUCGCAAGUCUGCGCCAUCAACCGGUGGUGUCAAGAAGCCUCACCGCUACAAGCCUGGUACCGUCGCUCUCCGUGAGAUCCGUCGCUACCAGAAGUCGACCGAGCUCCUCAUCCGCAAGCUGCCCUUCCAGCGUCUUGUUCGUGAGAUCGCUCAGGACUUCAAGUCCGACUUGCGCUUCCAGUCGUCCGCCAUCGGCGCUCUCCAGGAGUCGGUCGAGGCCUACCUCGUCUCGCUCUUCGAGGACACCAACCUUUGCGCUAUCCACGCCAAGCGUGUCACCAUCCAGAGCAAGGACAUCCAGCUCGCCCGCCGCCUCCGUGGUGAGCGCGGUUAA